AAACACAGGUAGAUCUCAGCACUUUCCCCGUGAGUCAGGGCAGGAAAUCAAACUAAAACCCGAGGAACUGUUCACGGAAAACGCGGAUCCCGGUGCCUGUAAGUGGGAUUAUCGGGUUUGUCACCGAGGAGUUAGAGUCAGAGCGGAUUUUUACGCAACUUUGAUUUUUACGCAGCGCUGAUCCUUUUUACGCAGCGUGUUUCCUGACGCAGCGUGAUCUUUGGAGUUGUCAAAAUGGACAGUUCCUCGUCUCAUUCUCUGUGGAGCUGAAGACACAAGGAACUCGAGUGUUUUGGUUGAGAGGCAGGAGAGGGACAUGCUCAUGGACCAGGACACGCAGUGGCUGUACCAGCUCCUGGCUGAGGUGCAGCUGGAGAAGUUUUACCUGCGGCUCCGGGACGGUCUGAACAUCACGCGGAUCGAGCACUUCUCCUACGUCAAAGAGGGAGAUUUGGAGCACGUCGGCAUCAGUAAACCCGCACAAAGACGAUUAUGGGAAGCUCUAAAACGAUAUAAAACGUCACGGUCUCGGCCAUGGAUGAAGGUGUUUGGAGGUCGUGAAGGAGAGACUUCCCCGGGCCCCACACAGGAGCCCCCGACCGGCCGCAUGCUCCCGUCUCUGAUCCAGGACAGUGAGCUGGUCCUGGGGGAGAAGCUGGGGUCGGGGUCCUUCGGGGUGGUGCGGAGGGGGGAGUGGCACGCGCCCAACGGGAGAGUGGUGCCUGUAGCCGUUAAAUCUCUUAGAAACAGCCGGUCCACUCAGGCCGACACUCUGUCAGACUUCCUCCAGGAGGUGUCCACGAUGCAGUCCCUGCACCAUCCCAACAUCAUCCAGUUGUACGGAGUGGUCCUCACGCAGCCUCUGAAGAUGGUCACUGAACUGGCGGCGAUGGGCUCUUUGUACGACAUGCUGCGAGCUCGUCAGUAUGAAUACCCUCUGCUCCGGCUGUGGCUGUUUGCGACACAGAUCUCGGCCGGAAUGGACUAUCUGGAAAGUCGCAGAUACAUCCACCGGGAUCUGGCGGCGAGAAACGUUUUACUGUCGUCCAGAGAAGUGGUUAAAAUCGGAGACUUUGGCCUGAUGCGAGGACUGAACCAGGACGCGGAUCAUUACGUGAUGUCGGCCCACAAGCGCAUCCCGUUUGCAUGGUGCGCUCCGGAGAGUUUACGCGUGGGCUCGUUCUCCCACUCCUCGGACGUGUGGAUGUUCGGGAUCACGCUGUGGGAGAUGUUCACGUACUGCGAGGAGCCGUGGUUCGGCCUCUCGGGCAGACAGAUUCUGUGGCGUGUGGAGCGAGAGGGGGAGAGGUUAGAAAAACCAACAGACUGUCCCCAAGAAAUGUACAUCGUGAUGAGGAAGUGCUGGGCUCUCAACCCUGGAGACAGACCCAACUUUGCUCAGCUUUGCCAGUUAGUAUCAGAGGCCAAACCAAUGGAAGUGCAGGCCAUCAGGGAGUUUUCUGAACCGAGGAAACUGGAACUUUUACCAAACGACAUGGUGACGGCCAUUGAUCAUGGUUUGGACAUGACCGAAUGGAAAGGUCAGAACCAGCGAACUCUGAGCGUCGGUUGGUUUCCCGCCAUUCUCAUCAUGCCUCCGCCCCCACCUGCCGCCGCCGCUCCCGGCCCCGCCCCCAUACCGGUCCCGCCCACGGCCUUCAUCUCUCCGCCCCUGAAAGGAAGUCUGAAGCACACGGGACACGGAGACAUUAAAGUGGAACACAGCUGGGGUUUACCGGAGGGAACGGACAACAGCAGCUGGAGGUGUGGACCUGGAGGAGGAAAGGAAGGAUCUAAUCUGCAGAAGAUGUCAGGGCUCUCGUUGAGUCUGGAGUCUGUCCUGGGCGGGGGUCGUCCCAGAGCUCAUACGGUCGGCAUGAUCCGAGUGGAUCAACACGGAAAACUGAUGCCUCCCGCGAUGACGGCUCACAGCGUGGUGACGCCCCAGGACCCCCGCCGCUUCAGCGACGCCAGCAUCAUGACCCCCAGCAGCAACCCGCCCCCGCGCCCCCCUCCGCCAAACUUCAAACGCCCAAACCAGAAACCGCAGAAACGACCCAACCUGCAGCAGAUCCCACAGGGCUCCUGGCCCCCGCCGGGCGUCCUGUCCCCUCCGCCCCACCAGCCCCCGCCCCAGCCCUUCAUGGGGGGCAGUAACCUGACUAAGAUGGCGCACAUGGCUCGCUCCACGCCUCAGCUGGACGAGUGCGACAGUAAAGACAGACCCCGGGACAAGGCGCCGCAGGUCUACAACACCAAGGACGCUCUGAUCGCACAGGUGAUGGAGUCGGUUCAUGGCGUGACGACGGAGGAGGUGCACGGCGCUCUGCAGAGAUGUGACUGGAACCCGAUCAGAGCCGAGCAGCAUCUGAAGUUGGAGCAGCUCUACUCCCUCAGCCUGUGCUCCAGAGACGACUGUGUGAGGAUCCUGUCCAAAUACCAGUGGAACCUGCAGCUCGCCAGUCGGUACCUGCUCCGAUGGUCCCGGGACGACAGGCCUCAGAUCAGCGCGGAGAGACGAGUGUGAGGGGGCGGAGCUUCUGCGGAGCGUUUCAGGACAGAGACUGUGAAUGUACAAUACAACAAUGAAGUGUAAACACGACAAAGGAGCUACUUUUUAUACUUUUCAUGAGAUUAUCUGACACGUUUUACACAUGUACAUAGUGGAAUAGUUGUGUUUGAAUAAAUUGAGACUUAUCUUG